GUCAGUGUAUCUGAGAGGGUGAGGCGAACAGUGCAUACAAUGUCAGUCAAUUAAGAUCAAAGUGCAGCUGAAACAUGGCAAUUUUAAGCAACAGCGAGAGCAUCGACCGGGACAGUUCUGCUGUGGAUAUUGGAUGAUGUUUUUUCAUCGUAUGAAGGAACACGCUUCUAAAAGUGGACGCAACGACAUAAAAGUUCUACUUCUGGAGCUGUACUUCUGGAUUUGUCGAAACUAGUCUGAAGUCUUGUAGAUAUUUGACGGUAAAACUUUUAACUUUGUCGCCCGGUGUGCUUAUAUAGUUUGUCCGCGUUUGUUACGACACACGUACGGCAGGCUUCGUGUAAUCUGAACGAAUCCUGAAUGGUUCGAGUUAUACACACUGGUGUAACCCUGGGUUAAUUAAACUAAUGGACGAUGGCACAUCUUGUUUUGAUGUGGUAUUUUGUAUUUGCCAUUUUUCCUGGGUGUCUCGGGGCCACUUUUAACGCACACAUUUCCCACAUGACAUUGCCAGGAACGCCGAUAUUCAACUCGAGUCUCCCUAGCAGCGGGCAGCGUUGGCUUUACGGCAUAUCCCCCGUUUCAAAGUCAAAGCAAGCGAGUCACCUUGUUAGAAUCAACGAAAACACUGGAGUCCUGACUCUGCACAGAGACAUCAACUGCACAGCUUUGAACGAAAAUCCAUUCUUUUUGUACAUUGAAGCGAGGACAAGCAGGAUUAGUUCGUCGGCUCUGGACAAUGGCCCAUCAGACAUUUAUGUCCAGGUACCGGUUGCGGUUCACAUCCACGGUGGACAUUGUAAACUGAAACAUGCCAAAAAGGAAUAUCGCAAAGAUCAUUUCAAAGGACGAGAUCAUGCCAGUCACAAACCAGUUCCAGAUUAUGAUAAGCAGUUUAUUGUAAUGGACUACCCCACUGGCCCAUGCUGGAAUUCACAGGAAGUAAUACUCUCAAUGAACGACUUCCUGCCGAGUUCUGCUUCUCACUGUCGGGUGAAUUACACUCUGAACAAACAUAAGUCAGAGCAUAUGUUGUCGAUGAAUCAAAACACUGGGGAUGUUAUUUCUCCAGAGACUUCCUUAUGCAUGCACAGGCCAGACGACAAACAUUUAUCAGUUUUGGUAGAGUUUGCACCACUGUGCAUGCAUUACUACCACCAUCUACACCAUAAUCCUGUCGUUGGAGUACGGAUUCAUGUACAACUUGAUCUUCGAGUUGUUGGAACAAGCUUGUUUCCCAGAGUUGCGGCUGCAGAAGUCCCUGAGCCUGACAUUAGUGCCACAAAAGCUCAACAACAGGCANCGCCGUAAUCGCAGUCCAAACUUCCCUCAAGGAAUGUACAUUGCCAAUAUUCCCGAGGAGCAACCAGUUGGAUAUAUCGUCAUGACUAUCACUGCCUCGGACACUGAUAGUGGGGAGGCAGGCCGGCUGACUUAUUCAAUGCUUGCAGAGCGUGAUGCCAGAAGUCAGAACAUGUUCAGUAUCGACCCAGAUAGUGGUAUCAUCACAACAACUCAAAGGCUUGAUAGGGAAAGUAUCGAAGAACAUUUAUUUGAGGUCACUGCCACCGACCAUGGAUCACCACAGCGGUCUACGUCAGCUUUUCUGCAGAUUAUGGUGGAAGAUUUGAAUGACCACCGGCCUGAGUUUGAACUGACCGAGUACCACAUCGAAAUUGGGGAAAAUGAGCCUGCAGGUACAACCUUGUAUGAGUUACAUGCAAGUGAUGGUGAUUCUAAUUUUAAUGCAGUGGUUCGUUAUAGCAUCAUUAACCCAGAACCUCCUAAUGAUGCAUUCCAUAUCAACUCGCGUUCAGGAAUCAUUACCACCCGUGCAAGGCUGGACCGGGAGGUCGUCUCCAGCUAUGAAUUGAUUGUCCUGGCCCAAGAUCUUGGAACAAAUCCUGGUCCGCUGAACACAACUGCCCGAGUUUUAAUCACUGUCUUGGAUGAGAAUGACAACUACCCACAGUUCUCAAAGCGCACCUUUGAGGUCACCAUUCCUGAAGAUUCCCCUCGAAAUGUCAUUAUUGAGACCAUAACAGCCACAGACAGGGACGCUGGAUCUAAUGCUGACAUUCGUUACAGUAUGGUCGGAGGACAAGGUCACUUUGUGAUUGACCCAUACAAUGGAGAAAUUCUGCUGACUUCAGCUCUUGAUUACGAGAAUACACCAUCUUACCAGUUGGUCGUGCAUGCUCAGGACAGUGGACGCUCAGCGCGAUCCAAUUCAACAUGUGUCAUAGUGAAUAUUUUAGAUGUCAAUGACAACUCCCCACGCUUCCCAACGACCCUGUAUCAAACAUCGAUUAGAGAAGAUGCUCGCAUUGAUUCAUCUGUUAUCACUCUGAAUGCCUUUGAUGGUGACUCAGGCGAGUUUGCACGCAUUACCUACAGCAUUCAAGAUCCUGAUACUGCACUUCCAUUCACUAUCAAUACAGACACAGGGCAGAUAACAACAUCCUCAUUGCUUGACAGAGAAACGUCCCCACUGUAUGAGUUUACCGUUGUUGCGAGUGAUCAAGGUGACCCGCCAAAAACAGCAACAACUGAGGUAUCUGUGCGCAUUACUGAUGUCAAUGACAAUCCCCCAGUUUUUACUCAGAGUGAGUAUUACGGUCGUGUUGAUGAGGAUGCUUCUCCAGGAUUGACUGUGGUGACUGUCUCUGCUUAUGAUCCUGAUGUAGGAAACAGUGUUUCAUACCAAAUUACAGCUGGCAACACAAGGAACCGUUUCAAUAUCAUCAGCCAGAAUAAUCGUGGAAUGAUUACGGUCGCCCUACCCUUAGACUACAAGCAGGAACCACACUUUGUGCUGACAGUAACUGCAUCAAAUAAUGAACAAUCGAGCAUGUGUCUGGUGUACAUAAAUGUCACUGAUGCCAACACCUAUAGACUAGUAUUUGAUCAGUCACCAUAUAGAGCAGAAGUAGCUGAAAAUGUUGCUGUUGGGUACGUUGUUGUCCAAGUUCAUGCUACGGAUGGUGAUGUUGGUGAGAAUGCGCGUAUCACAUACUCUAUGGAUAGCAUACCAAGCUUUGAAAUUGACCCAGACAGUGGCGAGAUCAAAACCCGAACCGAACUGGACCGUGAGACUACAUCAAGUUACACCAUUCAUGUGACGGCAUCAGAUCAUGGAUUAGAGCCACAGAUAGACACGACUGAAGUGGAAAUCUUCCUCACAGAUAUCAAUGACAACCCCCCAGUCUUCACAGAGAGUGCUUACUCCACUGAGAUUAGUGAGAGUGUAAGUCCCCAGUCCCUGGUCAUACAGAUUGAAGCUGAAGAUGCCGAUGAAGGUACUAACAGUCAGAUUUCCUACACGUUCAAUAAUGGUAAUGAUGGCAAUGGAGCUUUUGUCAUUGAUGAAACCUCAGGCAUCAUCCGUACAGCAGUCUGUCUCGAUCGCGAGGCCAAAGCAGAGUACAACUUAGUUGCCUUUGCUGUGGACGGGGGCCGUCCCACUCACCGCGAAACUGUGCAGAUCACUGUCAGGCUGCGUGAUGAGAAUGACAACCCACCUGAGUUUCUUCAGGAGGAGAUGGAUGUGUACAUCGCAGAGAACCGUAACCCUGGUGAACUGGUCUCCACCAUCAUUGCGAAUGACCCGGAUGAGGGCUACAACGCAAUCAUCCAUUACUCCCUGAUUGCAGGUGACCUGGACUUCUUUGAGAUUGACAGUCGAUCAGGGGAACUGACAACCCUGAUUGAGCUGGACUAUGAAGCCAGGAAUGAGUACCAAGUAACCGUCAAGGCCACUUCAACACCCUUCUUCAGGUUGGCUACAGUCAACAUCCAUGUUGAGGACCAGAACGACAACAGUCCCAUCCUAGAAGACUUUGAAAUCUUCUUCAACUACUAUGAGGGAUUCUUCCCAGAAGGUGACAUUGGACAGGUUCCUGCUCAUGACCAGGAUGUGUCAGACACCCUCCAGUACCUGAUCAUGAGGGGGAAUGCAAAUAACCACCUAAUCCUGAAUGGCACCACAGGGGGCAUCAGACUCAAUCCCAGUCUGAGGAAUAUUGAUAUCCCACAGAGAAUGGAGAUGUGGAUACAAGUAUCAGAUGGCCUGAAUGUUGUGUCGGCACAGUGCACCUUCCGUCUAACAAUGGUCACUGAUAACAUGCUAAUGAGCAGUAUCACUGUCCAGCUGGAGGACACAAACUCCCAGGAAUUCCUCUCUGCAAAGAUCAAUCGUUUCAUCGAUGCCCUAUCCAACAUCAUCCCCACACAACGCAACCUGGUGUAUGUUUUCAGCAUCAAGAACCAUGACAUUGUGAGUGACCCACCCAUCCUUGAUGUCUCCUUUGCUGCCCAGCACCAAGACGGCACCUUCUUCACUUCCCAGUACCUCCAGGAGCGAGUCUACCUGAUGCGGUCUAUCCUCUCCGAAGUUUCCUUGGUGAAGGUGUUGCCCUUUGGUGACAACCUCUGCCUUUACGAGGUCUGCAGUAGUGAGAACAUGCACUACCGGUGUCUCUCCCCGCUCUCCUUCUGGAGUUCAUCGGGCUUCAUUGCGACCCAGACCGUCAUCUUUCGUUCUAUCCAUCCAGAGACUCUCUACAGGUGUGAGUGCCCACCAGGAUUCACAGGCAACUAUUGCACAACAGAGAUCAACUAUUGCUACUCUAAUCCUUGUGGUAGCAAUGGGCAGUGCAUUCAGAAAGAAGCUGGAUAUACCUGCGUGUGCAAUGAUAACUUUGCAGGGAACAGUGGUGCAGUACGGUUUCGAAGAAGUGGCCAUUUUAACAGCCUCGUGACUCGAAGUGGCAACGCCGACUGUGCCCGAGGAAACUUGACAGCCAAAUAGUAGGAUUUUUCAUGCUUAUCGUAAAAAUUAAGCUUAGCUUCUGAUUUUUUUGGGGGGGAUAGCCUAGGCCCAUCAUCAUGAUGGUCAUUUUCGUUAGAUCUAGAGUUCAACUUGUUGAUCGCCAUAAAAAAAUUCAGUCGCUAUCAACAACGUCAACCAUCACAUGAUCAACGACGUUCAUGAUGAUGACAUGACAUUGGUUAUGUUACUUUGAGGCCUAACGAAACUAAAUUUAGCGUACUCUAAAUACUCUACCUUGAUUUUACUCAACUAAAGACCUAAUUUUAAAAUUCUACAUGUAUUCAAGAGAAAGGUAAAGGUGGUCAGCACACUGUACAGGCGUUUUCGUAUCUCCGAAUUUUUCCUAUUCCCAUGAUUCCCGGGUCACUUGAACAUGUUGAAUGUAAUAAAAUCUCACCUUUUUGUAUUGUUCUGCCAAGGUGAUGGAAUGCUUUAUUCCAAGGUGACUUUUGAAGGAGAAAUGUAAAUUCCUCACUAGCUUAAGGUCUAGGCCUACAUAUUUUGUUUCCAAACAAUGAAAUACUACUUGGCCUAGUUGUAGUAAUGAGUCAUUUUUGGCUGAUUUACGAUUGACAUUUUGAAUAUGAUCAGGGGGUUUGUAAAAAGGCAGUGGAUAGGCCUAUUUAGCCGUCACAUUUUUUACAUGGUAGUAGAUAUUUAAUUUUUUUUAGAAAUAUAAACUAAAUAGUUGGGAGUCCCAAAAAACACUAUCCCCGUUUUUGGAUGGAAAGUUUUUUUGCUCCCAUGAUUUUUUACGUGGCAGUGGAUAUUCUGAAAUCCCUGAUAAAGUUUACAGCAAUCAUUUCUCUCCUUUUUUUAACGUAUUUUUCUUCUCUUGACUCUCCCAUUUUUAUCUUGAUGGCAAGAGAUGAUGUCAUCACCAGCCAAUCAGAAAAGGCCUACCAGCAAAAUACCUUUACAGAAGUUUUGCCUGGGACGGUUAAAUAUCCACUGCCAUGUAAAAAAUCACCCGAGCAAGAAAAGUAUGUUACACAUAUAACUUAGAUGUGACACAUCUCAUUUAUUUAGACAGACAUCAAUUUAUGUGUGCUACAGUGUGUGUAGUUAACCCCAUUAAUGUUGGACAUGAUACCCCACAAUUAUUUGGACAGACAAUAGUCAUGAUGAUUGAUACAUAUAAUGUGUGUGUUGGUAUAUAGUAUGUGUGUGUAACUUACUCCAUUCAUAUUGAACAUGACACCUUGCAAUUAUUUGGACAGACAACAAUUUAUGUGUGCUACACAGUGUGUGUAACUAACCCCAUUAAUGUUGGACAUGAAAAUCCACAAUUAUUUGGACAGAUAAUGGUCAUUAUGAGUGAAACAAAUAAUUUAUGUGCAUUUAAGCCCAUUAAUAUUUGACAUGUUUAUCCCAAUUUUAUCAUGUUCUUUGCUCUCAUAUUUUAGUAAUUUGUAUCCAAAUACGUGUAUGAAAACAGCCAUCUACAUGAUUGCAUUUGUAAUAGCUAUUUUUGAUUACAAUGGCAAUCAAUCGGGAAUUUAAUAGGAAAUAACCUUUUUUGCAGAUGGAUUUUUUGCUUGUAGUAUUAAUCCUUUUGAUGGGUAUUUGCAUAUUUGCAUUUAUGAAAGAUGGGGAUUCCAGCAAAGGUUAUGUUCGAAGGUAAAAACAUGUUUUAAUUAUAUUUGUAGUGAUCAACUGCAAAUUACAUGGGUCCUUAGAUUGUCAAUGUGUAGGGUACAUGUACGUAGACAAAAGUCAGUUGUAGGCUCUUUCUUUUCAAAGCAAUUUCAACUCAGUAGAGAUAUGCUUUGCCCCUCCUUCUUAACUUCUGUUCCAAAUCUCUUUACCGCCGCUCUAAAAGAUUUAUUAAUGUGUAGUUACAAUGUAGAUCAUAAACUGCACCUUAUGGGUUAAAGAUCAAGCUGCUGUCUGUGAAAGGUUAUGAAAGUGUAUGUACAUAAUUUUGAUUCUUUACUCUAGAGGGGGAUGUAGUGCUUGUAAAAUAUGAUGCCAUAUGGUGGCCUGCAUGUGAGGGAAGCAACCACAAAAAAGGGGAGGCGCUACCUAACCAUUUGUAGCUUUCAGAAUGAGCCUGAGUGAGUACUGUUUUUUCAUGAUGCGCAAAAUAAGGCACACUGGUAUUAAAUUCGAAAAUAGGACAUGUUCGGUCUUUUAUAAAAUAUAUUCUUGUAUUGUAGAUUGUUAAAAUCAACAGAUCAAACAACAGAUCAUGUUCACAGUUUAACAUAUGGUGUUGGGAUUUUGCAAGGGUGUGGAAGGUUCCUAGUAAAUCACUUGGAGUUUUGGUUAAAAUGGACUGACAAAUUCAAACUUAAAUGUAGGGCCAACAGCUUCUAAUUCUGACUAUAUUGAAACCAGAUGGCACUUUUCCAUGCUCUUAACUUAUACUUCAAAUAUUUUUUGUAUUCAGGUCUUUAUAACAUUGAUGUCAAAAUGUAUGGUCAGAUUAGAUACCAUGUUAGUACACUUUGUUCCUCCUCCAGCAUAAUAGUGGUAUCCAGAUGUUCCAUCAAACCAUUUGAUGUGAACGAUCCACUAAAAGGACGAGGUAGAAACUCAGUUGUAAAAGUUGUAUUUGGAGAUGUUCACCAAAUUUACAUUUUUAUCCAAUUUGUUGUGUUCUGUUGUUUUGUUCAGUCAUGUUUUAAAAGUGAGAUUACAGUUUGAGGGCCAUGUGGAUUUUAUACUUAAGGAAUGAUCAACACGGCACAUACACUUUAUGAAAAAAAAUUAUUUUGAGGAGUUUUGCCGAGUUUAACGUUUUAACAAAAUGUGACCUUAAGUUACUUUGAUCGUUAAACAGUUUACAGGUUUUCUCAAUAGCACUGACUCACGUCACUUUUCCUAUUCAUAUUGUUUUGAUGAAUUUCAAUAAUCUAAGUUCCCUUGUUUGUUGCAGUUUCAAAUAUGGGUGCAGGGCAGGAGGAAAAACAGUACCAGAAAUUGUUAACAGCAUCCUCACUUUGAAAAAUUGCACCAAACUAUUCCGUAAUGUGCACAUUUGGAUUACAAGUUAUGAUAUUAGAAAUUGAAAUAGACCAGAUUUAGAACCUAGGAUAGCUUGAAAUAAAACCUUUAACCUAAAUGUGCAAGGGGACAUUUCAUGGAAUGAGAGGCUGUAGAGGUGCUGUUCUGUAGUGUUUGUGUAGAUAAAGGCAUUCAAUUAAACUGGCAGUGGUCCCCCUACAUCAUAUUAGGCAAUUCCUUUUGAGAGCAGUUUUAAUCAACCCUGUCUGACCUUCUGAAUUUAAUCUCUAUGGCAGCAACAAAGCAUCCCGUUAGGUACAAAAGGGAGGGCAGCUUUUAUGACACUAGGUUUGUUUGCAACCUGCAUUGACAACAUUUAACCAACCUGCAAAUAGCAGUCUGGCAAACAGUUUCUAUAUAAUUUUUAA